AUGAAGACUUGGCUACUACUCUCGUUGGUUCUCCCCGCAUAUGCGCUUGAGAAAACACAUGGCGUCCAUCCCGCACUAAUACCACGCUACGUGCCUACGGAGUCUGCCACCUGGCGGUGCCUCGACGGCUCCAAGGAGAUUGCAUGGAGUGCUGUCAACGACGACUACUGUGACUGCCCAGACGGCAGCGAUGAACCCGGCACCGGUGCUUGCCCCGGGACCACCUUCUACUGCGUUAACGAGGGGCAUAUAGGCGCAAAUAUAUCUUCGACGCGUGUCAACGACGGCCUCUGCGAGAAGGAGUGCUGUGAUGGCUCGGACGAACGGCCUGGCCUUUGCCCGAACAUCUGCAAGCAAAUAGGGGAAGAGUUCAGGAAGCAGCGAGACGCAGAGCUCAAGACGCGUAAAACUGGCGCGAAGAUUCGUUCUACGUACGUCGCCUUCGCUCAGAAGGAGAAGAAGAGGUUAGAGGAAGAGAUUGCUCGGAGUGAUCUGGAGAUUGCUGCGCGAGAGAAGGAGGUAGCACGUCUCAGAGAUGUUCUUGAGCGGACCGAAUCCCUUUCCGCCGCCGCGCUCGAAGAGAAGAAGAAGUCGCCCCUUUACACGUCUCUCAUCACGCACCACAACGCCCUCAAGUCCCUACAACGCGUUCAUAAGCAACAUUUAGAGCGCGAGAAGGCUCUUGGGGACAUCCUCGAUGCUCUUCGUACCGGAUACAACCCCAACUACCAAGACAUGGCCGUUCUUGAAGCCGUUCGUGGAUGGGAGUUCCUCGCUGGCCUUCCGCACAUCAACGAUGUUGGGAAAGACGUCUCUGAGGAAGGGUCUGACGAGGUCAAAGACGUCGGAGAGUCGGAGACAAAGGAGGAAGAUUUGGAGCCGGGCAUGUGGACGGAGGGACAGUUGACAUCCCAACUGGACGAGCUGCUCGAUACGGACCACGUUUCUCUUCUCAUCGAGCACGAGAGGCAUUCCGGGGCGCCGGACACUGGCGUAGUAUUCGACAUUUCCUCAUAUCUUCCAGAAUCUCUAUUGCCUCAGUAUGAGGCAUUCCGGGAGACUCUUGCCUCGUGGCUCACGACAUUCGGCCUUGUCAAGCCGUCGGGAGAUACAUCAGCAGGUCGGUCUGCGGAGAAAGCUCGUUCGGCGCUUCACGACGCCGAGCACAGCCUGAAGCUCACCAGGGACGAGAAGAAAGAGGCAGAGGAGAAUCUGGAGGACCUCUUCGACAUCAAGGGCUUCGGUGCCCAAGGAGAGUGGAAGAAGCUGGAAAGCCUGUGCCUCGAGAAAGAUACCGGAGAAUAUACCUAUGAAGUCUGCCUCUUUGACGAAGCUCGUCAAAAGCCUAACAAAGGCGGUCAGACCUUCAGCCUCGGAAAAUUCAAGUCUUGGCACCCAUCUUCAGCCGUGACCCCUGGAACUCCGGAGUACUACUCUAAGCAAGUAUACGACCAGGGCGCUAGAUGCUGGAAUGGUCCUAUGCGCAGCGUCAAGCUGUCGUUGUCUUGCGGUACAGACAACGUCCUAUUGACAGUUGCAGAGGCUGAGAAGUGCGAGUAUGAAUUUACCGCCACUACGCCAGCGCUAUGCUUGCCUGUAGAAGCCUCGGAGAUGAAGAAGGAUGAACUGUGA